CCCAUGCCCUGAUAAAACGAGUGAGGUCGAAGAUCGAUUACCUGCCUGACUGUGGCUCAAGGGGUCUGCAACUGGGCGCAGUCGCUAGCCAUAUUUAAGCGGCAUGUGCCCGUCCACGAAAACCGAGGACUUUGGCACGUAUUUGUCGAUGGCCACUGCCUUAUGCGCGGCGGUCUGAACGAUUCCUCGGUCGAUUUGGAGCCAUGCAGGAGCCGCCGUCACCAUCCUACACUGCCGCUCCUCCCCUUCACCUAAAAACACUUCCAGUCGCCGGCAGAGCCAUGGAGGAGCGCGGUCCGACCGGGGAGUCCGGCGAAGAGGAGCGGGUGACGGGCAGCCCGGGAGAUGAGGAACCGCGCGUGUCGGUUUCUCAAAGCUGUCGCUUUCGGCCUGCAGUCUCCGUAGAGCCGGUGCUUUUCUUCUCUAUGUUUGCACUGGCGUUGCAGACGCCGCUGUGCACUCAGUACUUGUGGGACCGCAUAAGCUUCGAUUUGGGCUUCAAUGGCACGCGAGAGCGAGGAUGCGGCAAUCACAGUGGGCCAGAAGACUCACUUCUGAAGCAAGUGGAGACACAAACAGCACACUGGAACUUGUACAUCAAUCUGGCUGGUUUUACGGUGGGUCUCUUUUCCGUUACACUCCUAGGGCCAUGGAGUGACCAGGUGGGACGACGACCAGUGCUCAUCUUUCCUUGCCUGGGGCUGGCAAUGCAGGCAGGCCUCUAUCUGCUUGUGAUGUACCUGCGGCUACACGUGGCCUGGUUUCUCCUUGGCCGGUUGCUGAGUGGUCUUUCCGGAGACUUCAAUGCUAUUCUUGCAGGCUGCUUCGCAUACAUAGCGGACACCAGUGACAGACAAGCUCGUACUUUCCGAGUGGCCAUCUUGGAGGCCUGCCUGGGUUUGGCAGGAAUGCUGGCAAGCAUUGUGGGAGGGCAGUGGCUUCAAGCACAGGGCUACAUCAAUCCCUUCUGGCUUGUCUUGGCCAUCAACCUUGCAACAGCCCUUUAUGCUUAUCUCGUUAUUCCAGAGUCUCUAACACCGGACAAGGAAGCCAAACUCUUCACCCUAAAGCACUACAAGGCUGUGUACAAUCUUUACAGCACUCGAGGAGAAUGGGGCCGCAGAGCAAAAUUAGGGUUUUACACAGCAGCCUUCUUCAUAGUUGUCACUGUCCACUUUGGAGCCAAGGAUCUGUAUGUGCUGUAUGAGCUUAGCGCUCCACUGUGCUGGGACUCGACACUGAUUGGUUACGGCUCAGCCGCAGAACAUCUGACUUACCUAAGCAGCCUUCUAGGCUUGAGGGUGAUGCAGGUAUGCUUGGAAGACUCCUGGGUGGCUAUUGUUGGCUUGUGUUCAAACAUCAGCGGCCUAGUGGUCAUCGCACUGGCAAACUCCACUGCAUUGAUGUUUACAGGAUAUGCAGUGAGGUUUCUCUCAAUGGCAACAACCCCAGUGCUCCGAUCAAAGCUGUCGACACUCGUCACCGUGUCAGAGCAGGGAGCUCUGUUUGCAUCUAUUGCUUGUGUGGAAAGUGUUUGUUCUCUGGUGUCUACUGGGGUCUUCAACUCUCUUUACCCUGCAACACUUCACAUAUUGAAAGGUUUCCCCUUUCUGUUUGGUGCUGCACUUCUCCUUAUCCCGGCUGUCAUCCUUGGUUGUGUGAGGCGUUGGCAGACAGGCCAGGAGUACAGUCGUCACUUUGAGGACACUUCCUGAAGGAUCCACCCUGCGAGCCAGAAGCCCUCCGACUUAAUGGAGAUGUACCUUGACAUUUUUUGAUGAAAACUUGCCUCUCUCUAUGGCAGCACCGGCAGCAGGAUCCUUUAUUCUGAAAACUCUACCAUGCAGCCCGUCAUUUGGUUAAAGAGAUGGGAGUGCAGCUGAGGUGGGACACUUGGUCAGAUUCAUUACAUUCAGGUGGGCGGAGGCAGUGGAAUUAAGAAAAUCAAAUAUGAGCUUUCUGUUUUCUUUUGCACAACCUAACAGCAAUUUGCAAAUAAUUAAGCCCAAUGGUGCAGAAUUAGAAGAGAAUAACCCAAUGUCUCAUUUGAGAUUGUCAGGUUUUUGGAGUGUCCUGGCAUUUUUUCUUGUAAAAAGCCCUAUACGGACCCCCAUAGUGUCCCUCAAUGGUCUCACUCUCUGAUUUACCAUCAGGUGUUUGAGGGGCUUCACAACAGUCGAUGACUAGCAGGCCAGUCCAAGAACGUGCUCCUACUAUGCCACAAUUAGAUUUUUUUAUUUUAAAAUUAUAUUGCUGCAGGCGUUCCCAAAGCGAGAUGGUCUAGCCGAGUGACUUGUGCACAGCCCAUCUGGCAACUAUUAGCUUUUAAUAGCAAUAAGAGUUUUAUACCAAAUGAACAUGGAGUCCAAACUCCCUUUUCUUUUAAUUGUUUAGCAAAGUCUGAGCGAACAAACAGGUUUCUGUCUGCUGUUUAAGACAUCUAAGAGGAAAACUGAAAUAUCCUAAGUCAGAAUAUGAAGUUCAACUAUGGGACAAGUGUUAAAGCUGUGAAAACAUGAAUGGCACAUACUUCAAUUUUAAUUUACUUUUUACUAAAUAAAUGUGACAUUAAAGUUGA